AUGGGUCCACCUCCCGUUGUCACUGGCAUAUCACCAAAAGAAGGUCCUCCAGGAACUAGAGUAACAAUUCGUGGGGAGUUUCUAGGUAUUAGUGCAACGGAUUUAAUUGGGCUUAAAAUAUGCGACUGUGAUUGUCUCUUGUCAGCGGAAUGGAAGAGUAAGAACAAAAUAGUGGCUCGAUCAGGACCUUGCAAGGGUAGAGGUGAUAUCAUAGUUACUACAAAGUCAGGUGGAGAAGGUACUUCUACUGUGCAGUUUAGAGGAUACCAUGAAUCCGUAGGACCUAUGAAAGAAAGUGCCGUCUGGGUAGAAGAAGCUGCACCACCAUCAGUGCCAUGGGGACGUCGUCCCAUGUCCCCAACUGCUUAUACUCCACCCGACCCCCUGGGUUUGUCCACUGAAGGUGAUGAUUGUAAGUUUCCUGAGGAGGAAUUACAUGAGCUGUUUCCUGAUGGUUCAGGAAAGCUUUCUGAUGAAAAUUUUCAACCAGGCUGGUACCUUUUGGAACACCACAGCAAUACAUCUUAUGAAGAUUUAAAAGCUGGUAUGAUUUUUCUUCAAAGAAAGGUUGAGGGUCAAAAGGAAGGUCAAUUGAGUUUUCUCAAGGCCAACACAGGGGCAGUGAUGGACCAAUUAGAUCGUUUGGUGCUUUUAAAGAACAUGUAUGAAGAAGAUCACAGGAAAAAUGGUAGAGAGCCUCUACCAAGCUUACAAUCUGCUAUAGAAGAAUCAAUUUCAUUGGCUGAUUCCUUAUUCUCCGAGAUUUUAUCGCGGAAAGAGAACGCGGAUAACACUCGAGAGGCAUUGUCUCUACUUACGCGUCACAAGUUCCUUUUUCAACUUCCUUCAUCCAUUGACAAGAAUAUUAAGAAAAAGGAAUAUGACUUGGUUGUUAACGAUUAUACAAGAGCGAAAAACUUAUUUGGAAAUACUGAUGUUAAGCUCUUUCAAAAAAUAUUGACCGAGAUAGACAAGAAAAUAGAAGAGCUAAAAGAAAAUCUGUAUAACAGAAUGAAAACCAUGCCAAUUAAUGUUCAGGAACAAACCAAAUAUAUCAGGCUGCUGAUAAGCUUAAAUUGGGAUGGUGAUGCUGCUUGGACAGCUAUUUUAAGUCGAAAGGAUUAUUUAAUGACACUUAUGAACAAAGUAAAAGAGCAUUUCAAACAAAAAGAGGAGCAAGAAUCCAAUGAAAAAGGGCGACGGAGAGCGCGCGAGAGCGAGGGCUCGGGUGCGUGGGGUGCGAUGCGCGCGGCGUGGUGCGGCGCGGCGUGCGGCGCGCUGGCCGCCGAGCUGCACGCGCUGUGGCCGCUCGCACGCCGCUACUUCGCCGGCGAACUGGCUGGCGAGCCCGCCGCGCCGCAACGGCACGCCGACCUCAAGGAAAUGAUAAUCGCGGCGGUGGAGUCGUUUUCGGAGCAAAUGCGCGCGUGCCUGCUGGUGGGUGGUGCGGCUAGCGGUGCGGGGGGCGUGGCGGGUGCGGGGGGCGCAGGCGCGGACGUGAUGCGCACGCGCCUCGUCGCCAACCUGCGACACCUUCGCGACGCCUACGACUCGCUGCUCAAGCUGGACCUGCCCUCGCAACCACUAAGUAUAGUGGAGAAGGUGAUAUUCGACUACCGCGUGCACGGGAUGACCGUGUUUUUGCAACGCGCCCACAAACGUGUCAAGAGUCUCUCUGAAAAAGAAAGUUGGAAGAUUGAAGAGUUCUCAGACUAUGGUGCUAUUACUAAUCUGCCGCACUUGCUUGAGACAUAUAUGAACGAGGCAUUAUCGUCGAUACACAAGUGCGUGUUGAGCAGCGGGCGACGUGAGAAUCCUCUACUAAAUGAGGGCAGCGAGCCCUCAGCGACUCUGCAGCGACACACGCAGCAGAUACUGCUCGCCUACGUGACCGUACUGCGCGAGCUGGCCUUGCACCAUGAAGACCAGGACUUCAACAAUACAAGCCUGUCGGUGGCGCUGGACCAACGGCUGGACGAGUCGUACGGGGGCGGCGCGGGCGGCGGCGCGGCGCGAAGCUGGCAACAGCGUCUGCUCAUCGCCGGCGCCAACGCGCACUACACGCGCCGCCUCACGCUGAACAACAUCCUCGACGCAUUCCAAACUUACGGGCUCCCGAAACCAACGCAAGCUAUACAAACUACAAAGGACGCGUUGAGCUCGCUGGAAUCGAGCAUCGCGGAGACAUAUCUGGAACACAAGGGUGACCCACUUGUGGGCACGAUAGAGCCCAGCAUGUACAUGGGCCGUCAUCACACUGACGCCGAAGCUAUGGUCGACGACGCCCGCCCUUAUGUCUACGAGAUUAUUAACAAUCUCAUUGCGGUGCAUGCAGAGGUGGACAGCGUAUGCGGCGCGGCGUCGACGCGGUACGUGCGCGACAUCUGCGAGACCGUGUGCGAGGAGCUAGCGCGGCUGGCCGCGUGCGCGCCCGCCGCCGGCCGCGCCGCCGCGCUGCAGGCGCGCCUCGAGUACACGCUGCUGCGCCUCGCCGUCGCCGAGCACCUCACCAGGAAGGCCGAGUCAGUAAUAUAUCCAUGCACAUACGAGACCGUGUGCGAGGAGCUGGCGCGGCUGGCCGCGUGCGGGCCCGCCGCCGCGCUGCAGGCACGCCUCGAGUACACGCUGCUGCGCCUCGCCGUCGCCGAGCACCUCACCAGGAAGGCCGAGUCAGUAAUAUAUCCAUGCACAUACGAGACCGUGUGCGAGGAGCUGGAGCGGCUGGCCGCGUGCGCGCCCGCCGCCGCGCUGCAGGCGCGCCUCGAGUACACGCUGCUGCGCCUCGCCGUCGCCGAGCAUCUCACCAGGAAGGCCGAGUCAGUAAUAUAUCCAUGCACAUACGAGACCGUGUGCGAGGAGAUGGCGCGGCUGGCCGCGUGCGCGCCCGCCGCCGCGCUGCAGGCGCGCCUCGAGUACCCGCUGCUGCGCCUCGCCGUCGCCGAGCACCUCACCAGGAAGGCCGCGUCAGUAAUAUAUCCAUGCACAUACGAGACCGUGUGCGAGGAGCUGGAGCGGCUGGCCGCGUGCGCGCCCGCCGCCGCGCUGCAGGCGCGCCUCGAGUACACGCUGCUGCGCCUCGCCGUCGCCGAGCAUCUCACCAGGAAGGCCGAGUCAGUAAUAUAUCCAUGCACAUACGAGACCGUGUGCGAGGAGCUGGAGCGGCUGGCCGCGAGCGCGCCCGCCGCCGCGCUGCAGGCGCGCCUCGAGUACACGCUGCUGCGCCUCGCCGUCGCCGAGCAUCUCACCAGGAAGGCCGAGUCAGUAAUAUAUCCAUGCACAUACGAGACCGUGUGCGAGGAGCUGGAGCGGCUGGCCGCGUGCGCGCCCGCCGCCGCGCUGCAGGCGCGCCUCGAGUACACGCUGCUGCGCCUCGCCGUCGCCGAGCAUCUCACCAGGAAGGCCGAGUCAGUAAUAUAUCCAUGCACAUACGAGACCGUGUGCGAGGAGCUGGCGCGGCUGGCCGCGUGCGGGCCCGCCGCCGCGCUGCAGGCGCGCCUCGAGUACACGCUGCUGCGCCUCGCCGUCGCCGAGCAUCUCACCAGGAAGGCCGAGUCAGUAAUAUAUCCAUGCACAUACGAGACCGUGUGCGAGGAGCUGGAGCGGCUGGCCGCGUUCGCGCCCGCCGCCGCGCUGCAGGCGCGCCUCGAGUACACGCCGCUGCGCCUCGCCGUCGCCGAGCAUCUCACCAGGAAGGCCGAGUCAGUAAUAUAUCCAUGCACAUACGAGACCGUGUGCGAGGAGUUGGAGCGGCUGGCCGCGUGCGCGCCCGCCGCCGCGCUGCAGGCGCGCCUCGAGUACACGCUGCUGCGCCUCGCCGUCGCCGAGCAUCUCACCAGGAAGGCCGAGUCAGUAAUAUAUCCAUGCACAUACGAGACCGUGUGCGAGGAGAUGGCGCGGCUGGCCGCGUGCGGGCCCGCCGCCGCGCUGCAGGCACGCCUCGAGUACACGCUGCUGCGCCUCGCCGUCGCCCAACAUCUCACCAGGAAGGCCGAGUCAGUAAUAUAUCCAUACACAUACGAGACCGUGUGCGAGGAGCUGGAGCGGCUGGCCGCGUGCGCGCCCGCCGCCGCGCUGCAGGCGCGCCUCGAGUACACGCUGCUGCGCCUCGCCGUCGCCGAGCAUCUCACCAGGAAGGCCGAGUCAGUAAUAUAUCCAUGCACAUACGAGACCGUGUGCGAGGAGAUGGCGCGGCUGGCCGCGUGCGGGCCCGCCGCCGCGCUGCAGGCACGCCUCGAGUACACGCUGCUGCGCCUCGCCGUCGCCCAACACCUCACCAGGAAGGCCGAGUCAGUAAUAUAUCCAUGCACAUACGAGACCGUGUGCGAGGAGCUGGAGCGGCUGGCCGCGUGCGGGCCCGCCGCCGCACUGCAGGCACGCCUCGAGUACACGCUGCUGCGCCUCGCCGUCGCCGAGCACCUCACCAGGAAGGCCGAGUCAGUAAUAUAUCCAUGCACAUACGAGACCGUGUGCGAGGAGAUGGCGCGGCUGGCCGCGUGCGGGCCCGCCGCCGCGCUGCAGGCACGCCUCGAGUACACGCUGCUGCGCCUCGCCGUCGCCGAGCACCUCACCAGGAAGGCCGAGUCAGUAAUAUAUCCAUGCACAUACGAGACCGUGUGCGAGGAGCUGGAGCGGCUGGCCGCGUGCGCGCCCGCCGCCGCACUGCAGGCGCGCCUCGAGUACACGCUGCUGCGCCUCGCCGUCGCCGAACACCUCACCGGGAAGGCCGAAAAUUAUUUAAUGGAGGCUCUCGCAGGACUACCUCCUUUAGAAAAUGAAGAGGACAAGACGCGAAUGGAGAAUAUUAUCCAAGGGUUUAAAAAGAGAAUGGAGCUUCAACUGGCGAGUCUUAAUUGCAACAUGGAGACUGUUUAG